AUGGCUCCAAAAUGUGUUACUCUGUGGGAUAAAGCAUCAUUGGAUAAAGAUGUGGAUGUGCGUCGACAGCCUAAGACUGAUCUGAAAUUUCUUGCUUCUGACUCUGUUCGUGAGAAGGCCAGUCUAAUGGAUGUGAGCGCCUCUCUUAAGGCCAGCUUCCUGGGUGGUUUGAUCGAAGUUGGUGGCUCAGCCAGAUUUAUGAAUGACAAAAAGUCCUCGGCACGUCAGUCCCGGGUUACUAUGUACUAUGGUCAGACUACGAAAUUCGCACAACUUACCAUGACCCAGCUGGGCAAAAUUACUUACCCUGCAGUGUUUGAUGACCAGACGGCAACUCAUAUUGUCACAGCUGUACUACAUGGAGCUCAAGCUUUCAUGGUAUUUGAUCUAAUAGCUGCAUCAAAUAAAAACAAACAACAAAUUGAAGGAAACCUGAACGUAAUGGUCAAAAAGAUUCCAUCAUUUUCUGUUGAGGGAAGCGGAUCUCUGAAGUUGACGGACAGUGAACAAAAAACAGCUGACAACAUACAGUGUAUCACAAAAGUUUAUAUAAAUGGACAGUUUAGUUUCCUUUUUAAGCACCGCAUGUCAGUGGAGAGCGUGACUUACAUUGAGAUUCUUGGAGAUGUCGUAAUGAACACCGUUGGUCUUGUUUCAAACUGGAGCAAAUCUACUUUUGCAAAGGAACUUAGUCCUGGUGCCUCCCGCCAGCGCUCUUGUGACAUUCAGUCUGAUAUAAACUAUCCAGUUUGCAGCCCAAUUCUCAAAGUCAUGGAACCCAAAGUGAUUGAGAUGGCAGCCCUUGGAAGGGCCCUGCAUCCUGGCAUGUUGUAUGACUGCCGCAGUGAUUCAUUUAUUCCAGGUGUUACUCUGUGGGAUAAAGCAUCAUUAGAUAAAGAUGUGGAUAUGCGUCGACAGCCUAAGACUGAUCUGAAAUUUCUUGCUUCUGACUCUGUUCGUGAGAAGGCCAGUCUAAUAGAUGUGAGUGCCUCCCUUAAGGCCAGCUUCCUGGGUGGUUUGAUUGAAGUUGGUGGCUCAGCCAGAUUUAUGAAUGACAAAAAGUCCUCGGCACGUCAGUCCCGGGUUACUAUGUACUAUGGUCAGACUACGAAAUUCGCACAACUUACCAUGACCCAGCUGGGCAAAGUUACCUACCCUAAAGUGUUUGAUGACCAGACAGCAACUCAUGUUGUCACAGCUGUACUGUAUGGAGCUCAAGCUUUCAUGGUAUUUGAUCUAACAGCUGCAUCAAAUGAAAACAAACAACAAAUUGAAGGAAACCUGAAUGUAAUGGUCAAAAAGAUUCCAGCAUUUUCUGUUGAGGGAAGUGGAUCUCUAAAGUUGACAGACAGUGAACAAAAAACAGCUGACAACAUACAUUGUACAUUUUAUGGUGAUUAUGAGAUUGACACAAAUCCCACCACGUACAAGGAAGCACUGCAGCUGUACCAGAAAUUACCUUCUAUUUUAAGGCAAAAAGAAAAUGAUGCUGUACCAGUAAAAGUGUGGCUCUAUCCUCUUGCACGUUUGGAUAGUAAAGCAGCUAGGCUGGAGAGAGAAAUUGGUGAGACACUGAUCUCUAAAUCAGAAGCUUUACUGGAGAAGAUUGGAGAGGCAGAUAUAAUGUCCAAUGACUUACUUGCAAACACAAUAAAUAAUGAUUACACAGAUGUGAAACAAAGGCUGAAGACAUUUCAGGAGUCACUUAGGUUCUACAAGGGAAUGCUUCUGAAAGCCCUCAGCAAGCUUCUUCCUUUGAUUCGGGGAGGGAAGGAGACAGAACAGGCACUAGCAAACCUCCUAACCAUCCAUGACAAGUCACCGUUUACAGAAAACACAGUCAGUACAUGGUUAGAGAACAGUCAGAGUGAACUGGAUCUGCUGUAUUUCUAUAGCCAGCAACUGAGCGGCAUUCAACUUAUGAAAUCGUCAAGCUCUUUGACCAACGUUCUUAUUGAUCCUACUGUUGACACUGUGCUAUGCUUUACUUAUACUUCUCUAAAGAACGCAGAUCCAUAUCUGUCCACAGUAACUGAAUUCCUCAAACCAGAUCAGUUCGAAAAACUGACUCCAGUUCCAAAGUCAAGUGCUGAUGACAUUCAGUUCUGGUUCAUCAGUUUUGACAUAACUUCAAAGAUGAAAGACAACCUUGUUCUUUUCAAAAGCUUCUAUGAAUGUAAUAAGGAUAAGAAGCAAAUCAGGUUUGUCAUUGCCUCAAUCUUAGACACCGCUAACCCCGGAACCUCCAUUCGCUUAUACAAAAAAGGCAAACUGAUAGACAGCAAGUUUCAGCCUGUGUCCAAACCUCCUGCACUCCAAGUAGAGAUUCAGGACAAAAAUGUGAUCCUUAAGCUUCAGAAGUCCCCAACUGGAUCAACAUUGCGUUACAGAGUGGAGUACAGAACAAUACAAGAUUCAGGAGCUGAAGCAGCAUGGAAAGUGGUGGAUACUACAGAUGCUCCAGCAACAUACACUUUGACUGGACUGGAUAUAGCAAGCCAAUACUGGGUCCGACACAGAGCUGUUGAUGAUGUGGGAAUAAGUGAAGCAAGUGACAACGUCCUCUUCUCUUUCAGAGGGAAGCUCAGUGUUGUUUCAGUGGGCCAGUCAGCGGUUUAUAUAAAUGGACAGUUUAGUUUCCUUUUUAAGCACCGCAUGUCAGUGGAGAGCAUUACUUACAUUGAGAUUCUUGGAGAUGUCGUAAUGAACACCAUUGGUCUUGUUCCAAACUGGAGCAAAUCUACUUUUGCUAAGGAACUCUGUGGUGGUGCCUCCCGCCAGCUCUCUUCUGACAUUCAGUCUGAUAUAAACUAUCCAGUUUGCAGCCCAAGCAAACCAUAUGUGGGUCGAUUAAUUUCUGGCUUGAGACCUGGACUGGCUUUGUUUUUCCAAGGUGUUUUUCCUGUAGAUUCUCAAAGCAAUUUUGAAAUUAAUCUGAAGACUGGAACAAGGGCAGAAGAUGACAUUGUUUUACACUUUAACCCCCGUACAUACGCUGUGGUGUUUAAUGACAGAAAGAGCUGGCAAUGGGGUUCUGAAGUAAGGCUCCAGGAAAACCCAUUUUCCCUUGGAGCAGCCUUUGAUAUAUUAAUAGUGAUUAAACCAGAGUGCUAUGAGGUAAUUGUGAAUGGCGCGUCUUAUUAUAAGUUUAACCAUCGUGUACCAGUGGAAAAAGUGACUUCACUUAACAUCUGUAAUGUCUUCAUAAACUACUUUGGAAUCACUGAAUCAGUAGCGAACCAUGACCGUAAUCCCUAA